AUGCGCAUCUGGGAAGUGGCCGACCGCCUGUCUCUCUCGAAGUUGCUGAACGCCGCAAAGAUUAUGUGCAUUGGGAACUUCGAGGACAUUGCAGAAGGCUCGGAAUUCCUCACGCUGAGUGCCGAGCGGCUGUUGCUCCUGCUUGGGGAGGAUGACUUGAACAUCAGCAAAGAGGAGGUCGUGUUUGAGGCGGUGCGACGCUGGGUGGCUGGGUCUGCACGGAGUGGAAGUGCGAACGCGCAGACUGAUUUGCUGCCGCCACUUGCUUUUGUUUUUGUCGGACUUGUGUCGUAUGAAGGUAAGGUUGUGAUUGCAACUCUAAAAGCUGCCCUUGCAAUCAGCGUUCUCUGGUGCAUGUUUCCUGGAAAAGCCCGAUAUGACAGCACCUUGAGUUUGGCUUACAUCCACUGGUCGUUCUUUGUGUCGACAUCAGUGCUGGAGCAAAACUGUUCGUACUACGAAAGGAUCAACCAAGAGAACCACAUAAGCUGGCAGACGCUCUUCGAUCUCUUUUCCAAGGUCCGCUUCCCGAUCAUGUCCAAAAACUUCGUGACAGAGAUCGUGCGAAAGGAUCCGCUGAUGGCAGUGCCAGAGGCGCUUCAGGCACUCCUGGAUGGGAUGCAGGAUGGGAACUAUCGCGUAGACACGCAGCGCACGCGGCAGAGACGCCGGCUCAAGUUCGACAGUUCCAGGGUCGUUGGGAAUUCUAUCGAAUUUCUUCACAACGGCUCACUGGUGCGGAGCCUUCGCGACGCACGAUCAUUUGCAGUGGCUGCACAGCCCCUGUCACCGGACGGUGGAAGCUUUUACGCGUGCCUUACGUGGUAUACCGGCAGCAUUGUCUACAUUGGAGUUGCUACCGCGCCCGACAAUUUGAACAGUUGGCAGGCAUGGGUAUGGAAUCCUUCUCACCCACAGUUCUGCCGACACCGGGGAGGAAACAUGGAGCGCAGCACCAACUUCGGCUCCAUGAAGGUUGCCCAAGGGGACGUGAUUGGCGUCCUGCGUCAAGGCAACACUCUCAUAUUUAGUCACAACGGCAAGCUUGUUUGCCGUGGCAAGGCCGGCACCCAAGAAUAUGGGUGUUUGCGCGAAUGA